AUGGCACGGUCGAAUGGCAGACAGUUAUAUGUACCCCUGGAUCGACCUCCACGCAGGAUGAAUUCUGGGAAAGAUGAUAUGAGAGAAUAUUGUGUCAACGGCCAAAUGAGUUCCUCACAAAACGAAGAAGAGGAGGGGCCGUCGACGAGUACCGCCACGGGGCCGAGCAGGACGGAAAAUGUCAGGAGAAGUCUAAAAGACCUGAAAAAGGACAUGGGACGGAAUUUCGACGCGCUCGUCCAUCGGCCGAGGAUGGAGAGGAUCACG